GAAACGUAAAUAUUUUCUUGUAAAGUAAGGGAGUGGGGUGACUGGGUGAGGGUUAUAUACAAUGUCCACAGGCACCCGUGGCAUGUAUAAAGAAAACAUUAGUAAUAUUCAAGUGUAAAGAGUUAAUCUAUGUUAUGCAUUGCGUCUGUUUGAGCCCGAAGUAGAUAACGUCCGCGCACGAUUCACACACAGCUUAUCUUUCAGAUAGUGAAAGACAGAAUGUUUCGGAAAUAUUUAGUCAUCUGUGUUUUCAUUCUUGUACCGAGUGUUAAUUGUUGUAGUAUUGGAUUUGUUCAGUACCUCGACAAGUGCUACUUCUUCAGUCACACGACUGCAUCGUGGGCCCAGGCGGGGGCUACAUGUCAACAGUUUCAUACAAAGUUAGCCGAGCCGAGGACGGAUGGAGAAUUGAACUUUCUUACAAGCCACAGUCAAAGCACAGGUAAAAAUUAUUGGAUCGGCAUAUCUGACAUUCUGGAAGAACAUCGAUGGAUAUACUCAUCAGACAUGAGGGAGAUCACGGUUAACAACUUCUCCCCAGGGGAACCCACAGCUUAUACCAAAGAAAACUGUGUCGCUAUGUACCAGACUGCACAUGGGAAGUGGGUCGAUGCAGCAUGCACCUAUACUGGUUUUUAUUUUAUAUGUGAGGAAAUCAGAGGAGCCUCCAGUGUAGACGUUAUCGGCUGAGGCGUCUGUUGCUGGUGUACUUCAGAGAAACUGUAAUAUUAGAGUUCAAUGAUUAAACUUUGUGUUUGCC